AUGGACUGCGAUGAACUAGAGUCUUGCACUUCCCCAUCGUGGGAAGCCCACUACCGGCAACAGAGGAAAUCCACGAUCUGCGGCAAUCUCUGGUACAGUAGCUGGGACGGAGGAGAGAGGCCCGGCGGCCGGCGCAACUGGGGCGGAGGAGAACUGUGGACGCUGGUGACGCGCGGGAGUCGAUGCGGAGCAGGGGCGCCAUGGGGGAGCCCGCAGGCAUCUGCGCUGGAGGUUGGAGACAGAGGCCGCGGGGAGGGGGCAAGGCGUGCUAGGAGGGGUGCUGGCGAUGGGGCGGAGGGCGUGGAGGCAUGCCGGCAAGGGAGAGAAAUCGGCGAGGGCCCGUCGGCCAUGGGGGAAGGUCGGCGAGGGCCCGUCGGCCGUGCGGAGAUCUUCCAGGAGGCGGCGACGCCUUGGGAAGCAGGGGCGGCGGGCGGCAGGAGGCGAGCGUUGGCGUGGGGAGGUGGCGCUCAGCGGCCUGAGGAGGUAGUGGUGGCCGGCGGACAGGGGAGGCUCGCCGGCGGCAGCCCACCGGGGCGCGGCGGCGGAAGAAUGUGGCAGAAGUGGGAGACGAGUCAGAUAGUGCACCAACGCGUCCUCUGGGUUGUCGGCGCGCGGUUCGCCUCCUGCAUCUCCAGCUCCACCUCCCAACAUUUCUUCUCUGGCUACGGCUGCGGCGACGGUAGAACCGGUGGGAGGAGCGGCGCCCUCUGGCGCCCGAGGUUUAGGCGCCCGCGCGGCGGUGAGUGCGCCUCCUCCUUCAUCGCCGCCUCCUUCUUUAUCGGCGCUGAGACAGAAUCGCAGGGUGCAUCGCGGAUGAUGAUGUCGCCACCGCAUCUGAGCAAAGGAUAG